AUGAAGUAUUCAACAUUGACAGCAAAUAUGAUACCAUUUUGUGUCGUUCCGUUUCUGCUCAACUUGCUCUGCAUUAUCCCAAUUUUCUAUCGACACAAGAAAAAUGGAAAAUCGUUCAGGCAAAACCCAAGCCUCCAACCAAUCCUUUGCCUUCUGAUUGUCGACGUGCUUCUUGCAAUUCAACUCAUCAUUCCCAUCCAUAAUUUUUUCGCCGAAAAAGGCAUUUUCAAUGAGAUCAAUUGCAUUAUAUAUGGAGCCGUCGAUAUGAUAUUAUCGUUGAUGGAAGUGCUAUUGGCUUGUGUCAUCGCGUUUGAUCGAUACAUUGUGACAGUGGCGCCAAAAUGGGGGAAAUGGAGGUGUCACACCAAUUACUUCAAAAUCAUUGCGUUCGGACUGAUCACCGUUUCGAUUUGGAGUUUUGUUCCAAUUGCGGGUUACGGAAAAUACAGCACAUUCGAAAAUGGAAUGUUCUGCUCGAUCGACUGGCGCCAAGGCAAUAUUGACGAGAACUCGGCGGAAUCGCGACUAUUGGCGCAUCGGUACAUCGCGUUUUUGACGGCGACAUGCCUCGUCUUCUUCCUGAUUCCGGUGUGCAUUGCGUCAUCGCUUUAUUAUAGCGUCAUUGAUCACGUCGACAGAGUUCGAAACUCGGAAGGACCUCGCGAUGACACACAAAACCAAAAUGUGUGCACUUGGGCGCCGAAAACCCACAUGGCAAAAGUGGGUCUCGGAUGUCUUCUGGUAUCCGUUGUUCCCUAUUUCGCCUAUUCAAUUGUCUGCUUGAACCCAAUGAAAUCGGACUUUAAACAAAUCAACCAUAUCGUGAUACCUGUGAUAAUCAGUAGGCUCAGUUGUCUUUUGAAUCCGGUCUUCUAUGUUUGCUUGAAUCCUGAGAUGGUACCCAUUGACGAGUGUUUGGCGAAACGGGCAAAACCAAGACCCCAACGACCGCUUUAUCAUACAAUUAAUUUAAUUGCCGAUGUGCCGGGAAUGUCGUUCCCAAUUCUCACACCAACAAUGCCGCGCCGCCAACUGCCCAAAAUUCCGCCGCACUUGGCGUCGCCAUCGAAACCAAGCCUGGCUGAUUUCGAAGACGACGCGAAAGAGUUCACCCCAAUGCUCUGA